AUGCUUCUUCUGGAACUCUUAUUAUUAUUCUUCAUAACUUUGGUGUUAUGUGAGAAGGUUAAGCGGCAAGAACAAAAUAUAACACAUGAGAUUCCGAAGUUCAAAAGAGGACCAAUCGUGAUAGUUGAUGAAACGGCGCUGACAAAUCCAAAUUCUUUUGAUUAUGAUUUCUCGGACGACUUGGAUAAGCCUGCAGAUAAACAAGAUCUGUACGACCAGUUCAUUGACCAACUUCCAAUGUUCCAUAUCUACAAGUUGGGCACCGAUAGAGGAGUCACACAGGUCCCUAUUGUCACCCGUGCUGGAGACACAUGGUUCACUCCGUCCACUAUCAGCAACCGCGAGCAAAAGUUUACAUUCUACAUGACGACACCAAUGACGCCCAAAAAGAAAACUACAACGACAAGUGCACCAACUACCAGGAAACAAAAAAGUACAACUACACCAUCUCCAACCACGGAAAGUGCAACAACUGAAGAAGAAAGUACAACUACACCACUGAAAACAACCACAGAACAUACCACCCCACCGCGUACCACUACAACGUCAACAACUACAACAACAGAAUCUCCCACGACUAGUAUAAUCCGUAUUCGUCGUCCUCUACCAAAGCAGCCAGCGCCAGUGUUCAAAGUACGCACUUCCAGCAGUACCACCACUACCACCACUACAUCAACGCCUGAAACGCCUGCUAUAAACCGAGGACCAAUUUGGCGUAAGGGUGGUGUUAUCAUUGAUACGACAACCUCGCCGCGUCCCCUCACAACACCUAGACAAUGGACUGUUAGAGGAAUCAGAAUAAGAGUGACAUCGACGACCACUACUGAAGCUCCAAGCACCACGAGAAGAGUUAUCCAUGAAAGACCAACUACUCGUGUUCCAUGGUGGAAGACUACAACUGUUCGGACCACUACAAAACCUUCUACUACCACUAGAAGAACGACUACAGAAGUGCCAACCACUAGAGUUCCCUGGUGGAAAACUACCACUGCUAGUAGAUGGGUCGCAGGGCCUCGCCAUCCACCACGUUUCAAUCAAAAUCAGAAUUGGAAGCAACCAAUUAGAAAGCUUCAGGAAACUGUUGGCCGUCCUGUUGCUCCUGUAAAUGUCGACCCUAUAAGUAGGUCUCAACCAAAGCCAGUCGUCAUUCAUACUGGACGAUAUGCGGGUCCAACUUACAAUUGUCGUGUUCUGAAUCCCUUCACUGACGGGCACCCAUCAGAUGAGCACGACUCAUCUUGUAAGAUGCUCUAUCCUGGAUUAUCACUAGACGGAACGUGCCGAUGCUUCUAUAAGGUGGCUGGAAGGGAUGAACACGGAUGUGCGACAGGCUUCAUCUACGCGUGUCGAGCCCUUGGAUUGAGGAGUAUAAGUGUAUAA